CCAGCCAUUAUCGUCCGCAUCGAGCAUCCUCACAGCAACCGUAUAAUAGCUUGUCAUGCGUACUGAACAAUUCCAUCAUGCUGAAAGCUCACGCAGGCGUCUUGAGGAGCUGCAGAGCAGGCUGCGCUGCAUCAACGAGCAAAAGCUCCAAAUUGAACGCCAGCGAGAAAAGCUUCGCCAAGAUGCGUUGCGUCUCUUGAAAGAAUACAAGCCGAUAGAGGAGGAGUUGCUCACAGAAGCUGAUACGUACUCAAAGGCCUGGGGAUGUUGCUUUGGUGAACAGCUGUACAAACUUCUACCACGAGAGUUGCGCGACAUCAUCUACGAAGAACUUGUCGUGUCACCCGAGCCCGUCGAUAUCAAGAGCGUCACGGACGUCGACCCUUGGGGCGGCUGGGGAAGCUGGAGCGAUGAUCCUAUUCCAUUGAAUUACGUGGACCGCGUCGCUGAUAUCAGGAAAUCCCACCAGCGGCUUGUUUCCCCUGCCUAUCUUGGUAUUGCCGUUGCUAGUGAAAUUACGGAGGCUUUCUACAAAAGAAAUGUAUUCAGCAUAAGCGAUUCAGCAGACAUAGAAAACUUUCUUACCCUAGAUAUCUUCCAGAUGGACAAUGUACCAGGCGACUUGAUUCGGAAGCUGAAGGUCUCGCUUCCGGAUUUGACGAUCGUAAGCGACUGGAACUGGGAUGGUUCGGGAUUCGGCGAAGGUCCUGCUCAAAGUUCAAACGACACCACCCAAGACACGUAUGGGGCAAAGCUUAACAAGAGUGCAGCUCUCCAGAAACUGUCUCUGGUCAAGAAUAAGAACAGUUGCGAAAUCGAGUUCGUCGUCUGCACAGGUGUUCGGUAUGUCCUCCACCCAUUCCUUGCCAAUCUUGGAGAUUUGGUCUACGGACUCCGCGACCGCGGCUUCAAGAUCCGCGUAUCGCAACAACCGAGGAGAAUGAAGAAGAAGAAGAAGAAGCACGCGACUGGGCAAAAGAUUUACGCUUCGCCCGGCAAGGAUUGGACUCAUCUUUUUGACAUAUCGAAGGAGGAGUGGAAAGAGAAAGCUAAAUCAAAAACUCUGUUCGGUUAUGUCGUCAAUUUGAAGCCGCCAAUUCUAGACUUUGAUAAUGUGAUCGUUGAGGAGAACAAGAUCACAUUGGUGAAAACUUCGGGCGACCUCGAUUUGGGCUGGGAGGACUAUAUUGUUGCUGAGAGCGAGACUUUCUGAAAGCUUGAUGAGCAGUUGGAGCACGAAAUUUCAUUCCUUCGCGUUUGUUCUCUUAAUUUUGUAUACUCACAAUUACUCUCAAUGUUUGGGUACAUCAGUCCUUCGUCUCCCCCGUAUCAUUGUUC